GAUCAUCGAGGCAAGGUGCCAAGCUGGGAUGGGGAUCCAAAGACUUGGCGGACGUACAGGCGGAAGGCCCUCCAGUACCAGGAGGGCACCAAGAGGGAGGACAGGUACUUGUGCGGCCCGCGGCUGGAGGCGAAGCUCACUAGCCGGGCCGAGAUUGCGGUCGAGCGCUGCAAGGCUGGUUGGCUCUCCAGGCCCGACGGCGUGGAACGGCUCCUGGCGUGGCUGGAACGCAGGUGCUCUAGACAGGCUGUGCCCGACGUCGGACAGGAGCUCGAGACAUUCUUGAUCAAGACGAAGCGCCGCAAGCUAGAGCCGAUGCAGCAGUGGACGGACCGCUUCGAGACCGGGUACCAGUACCUCAGGCGCGCGUUGGCACGCGCGCUUGGACACACAGUUCCAGUUCAGGUCGCGCCACCGUGGAAGAGGUCUGGGCGACCUUACCGGUGGAUCGAGGUCGAACGUGACUGGCCAUUCGAGGGUAGCGAAUGGACGUGGGAGUACACGGACGGCCUGCCAGACGACGAGAAAGAGGAGUCGCACCACUGGAGCGCCGCUGACCAAGACGCGGAUGCAGAGGAGGAGCUCGGGGACAUGCCGGAGGUGUUCCCUAGCCUGGUCCUGGGCUGGCUGAUGCUCGUGCGGUCGGGGCUCGACUCGCGCGAGAGGGCUGCCAUCAUGACGGCGACGGGCGGCUCGCUGGAAGUCAACAUCAUCCGGGAGAAGCUGAUCUCGAGCUGGGAGGAUGACGACCUGGCGGAGCGUGACGGGCACUCGAGGUUCCCGAAGGCGUACACAGCCCAGCUGGGAGAAGAUGAUCGUACGUGGCUUGACGGGGACGAUGGACCAGACGCGAGCAGCUUCGCAGCCGACGUGGGGAACCACGAGUGGCAGGAGGAAGACCCAGGCCAGGAGGAAGUGAACGAUGACGAGAUCGAGACGUACUUGGCAGCUCAGCAGGAUGAGGCGGAGGCGCUUGCGGCGCUUCACACCGCCCAGCGCACCCUCCGCCAGGCCCGGGAGGCCCAGGCCGACAGCCGGCUGAGCAGGGGCUUCUACCGGGGAGGAGCUGCUGGCACGCCAGAGGCGAGCGCGAAGGUAGCCGAGUGCAGGAGGGAGCUGAAGGUCAACCUCGUGACCUCGCUGGUCGCCGAGCAGGAGCCUCAGGACAUGGAGUGCGAGGCGAUGUUCGCAGACCAGGCCAUCCGCGAGGGCAAGGGCAUCGUCGACCUAGGAUGCACGGACGCCAUGGGUGGCGAGCGUGCGCUGGACAUCGUGGCCCGCAAGAACAUGGAGAAGUACGGUGACACCAGGCUGCUGGAGGUGAACCGGGACUACAGGCCGGUCUAUAGCUUCGGGAAUGGCGAGAAGGAACGCGCCUACGGACAGGUGAAGUUCGGCAUCACGGGCGCGGGCAUAGAAGGCGAUAUCGCCAUCAACGGUUUCUCGAAGGAUGUCCCGAUCUUGGUGUCCAAGAAGGUUCUGAAGAAGCUGGGAGCUGUCGUGGACUGCGAGACUGGGGUGACCGUGUUCGUGAAGCUCGCGCCGGACAUUCCCGUUCAACUGGAGGAAUCACCUGAUGGAGGACACUACUACAUCAGCCUGGUCGACGACUUGCUGGGGCAGCGCGUCAGAGACCAGAACCAGUUGCGGAACUUCAGGACCAUCAGCGAGAACAUCAGUGAGUGGGACAGUAGGCCGAAGGCGGUCGAUGUCAACAAAGGGAUGCGCUGGGGUAACCUCAUCCGCGGGGCGGUCCAGCUCACCUGCUCCGGGAUCACAUGCUCGUGCAAUGCGGCCAUUCCAGAUGCCAACAUCUCGCAUCCGGCCUGGGGCGUGAACGAGCUGAAACAGAUCCUCAAGGGGCACAUGUUUCCGGAGGACGAAGCACCAGCGCAGGUGGCCAUGCAGGGCCCCAGCUCGAGGAAGAAGCCCCAGCUGUUGGUGAAGGCCGAGGAGGCUCAGAACCAGUACCAGUCCUACACGUCCUGGUUCCCGAAGGAGUUGGACAAGGGGAGCAGCUGGGAGCUGGCCCGGUUUGCCUCAUGGCUCAACGAGCAAGGGAACAUCGACGAGAAGGCGGAGAUGACCAGGGAUCCGAAGGAGGUCCCGAAGGAGCCGGCCCAGGCUCGAGGGGGCGCGAGGUCAUCCCGCAGGAGGACAUCGGGCGCGAUCGUGGAGGACGAGAUCGUGAAGCAGGACAGGCUCGAGGCUGCGAUCAAGGUGCAGAAGAAGGAGAAGGAGUCCAACCGUCUGGCCCAGCUCAACCAGAAGAUCGGCCAGCUGGAGGGCUUGAACUGCACCAAGGAGCUGGAUCCCAGGAAGCAGCGCUGGCUCGCCAAGUGCAUCAAGGAGAACGGCCACUUGGAGGACUACGAGGCGAUGAUGGCCCACGGCGGCAUCAAGCUGAUGGAGGUCGCAUGUAGCCCCACGUCCAUCCUGAGCGCGAAGAUGAUGGAGAAGUUCGGAGAGGGUGCUGUAUGUCGCAUCAGUGCCUGGAAUGGUUUCAAGCUGGGGCCCAAUGGAGGCAACAAGAGGGCUCGAGAGGCACGUGAUGAAGCCGAACCAGACCACCUGUGGAUUAGUACGAGAUGCGGCCCGCUAUCGACCCUUACCCUCGGCUUCAACGGUUCCAACCCCAUCAGGGCCGAGGCCACCAGGAAGCGCAGACUGCAAGCCAUCAAGGAGUACAAGGGCGCGGUGCAGCUGGUGUACGACCAAGUGGCUCAAGGUAAGCAUGUACACUGGGAAUGGCCCAUCAAGUGCGAGGGCUGGGGCCACACGAUGAUCAGGAAGAUGGUGGAGGACAAGAAGGGCCUGCCGCUGCUGAAGGAAUGGCUGAUUGCUGCGACGUCUCCGAAAAUGGCCGCUAGGAUGUCCGCGGAGUGCUCAGGGGACCACCGACAUGGAGAGCUUACAGGAGGCGGCCUCACAGCGGCCACCAGCUAUUACCCGGACGAGUUUGCAAGGCGAGCGGUUCGGGCGAUGAUCGAGGAGGCCGCGCCAGACUACCACGAGUUCCUGAGAUGCUUGGCCGAGCCCGAGGAGGUCCUCGACCAGGCGAUGGCAGCCGACCAGGAGGAGAUGAAGAUGAACACAGACGUGAACUCGAAGGAGUACCAGCAGAUCAUGAAGUGGCUCACCUCGAUCCACCGUGGCUCAGGCCACAGCUCGAAGGCCUCCAUGCUGAACGCGCUGCGGAGGAAGGGCGCCAGCCCACAGGUGCUACAAGUGGCCCAGGACUUCCUCUGCGACGCAUGCGAGGAGGCGAACAAGUUCAAGCCUACGCAUCCGCCCGUCAGCUUAGAGGCCAUCCCGCCAAAGUGGAAGCACAUCCAGGCGGACCAGUUCGAGUGGGAGCACCCGCAGACGAAAGUCAAGUCCAAGAUUUCCCUGAUCAUAGACGAGAACUGCAGGGUGCGAGUUAGCAAGCUGCUGCACCACAUGGUUGGCGAGGACCGGCACAGGAACCCAGUAUGGGCGGACCUCAAGUCGUUCUACGAGGGAUCCUGGAUGUCCAAGCAAGCGGCGGAGUACUUCGAUUCCGACUCCAUCGGGUAUGAACCCAUACCUGGCCAGGCUCAUUGGCACAUCUCCCUCGCCGAGGAAGCCAUCCAGGCCACCAAGGGGACCAUGGAUAAGCUGGUGGCGGAGAACCCCGAGAUGACAACGGAGGAGGCCUUGGCAAGGGCGACCGCAGCUGGAAACUCACGGGAAGACGUUCGAGGACACUCACCCCUUCAACGCGCCCUAGGACGGGCACCAGACCUGGACGGACACUUCUUUGAGAGCGACUUCGACGAGCUGCCCUACGUGGAGGCCCAGAGGGUCGACAAGGAGUUCGGGGAGAACUACACCAGGAUGUACGCGGCAGAGCAAGAGUACCUGAGGCAGGUCUACAUGCGGCGCCUCAGCAGAGCGGAGAACGCGAAGAAUCAGGCGGUGAAGUCCGCGGUGCCAGGCAUGUGGGUGCGCUACUUCAGGAAGGAGAAGGGCGAAGCCAAGGGCCGCUUCAAGGGGCUCGCGAGGGUCCUGGCCACAGAGACAGCGCGGCCAGUAGACGGCGACCUUGGCGAAGGACGUGUCCUCCAUCCUGGGCGUGCAGGAUCCGUGGUGUGGCUUGUAAGAGCCGGGCGUAUCAUCAAGGUAGACCUCUGCCAGGUCCGAGCGGCUUCCUCACGGGAGAUCGCAUACGCCGAGCUGAUGGGAGGCAAGGACACGCCCUGGACGGUCCACACCUUCAUGAAUCAGGCGCUGAAACACGAGUACCUGGACUUCACGGGCCACGACCCCACAGAGAAUGACAUGGAGAUCUCAACCUGGGAAGGACUGCCAGAACCAGCCCCUCCACUGAAGAAGGCCCGCACAGGGCAGGCUGCGGGAGAUGGCCAGACCUCAGGGAGCCGUCCAACACCACCGGUGCGGAGGCGAAUUAUCAAGAAAGGACACCAUCCAGGCGGGGUGGCCGACCAAGCUCGAGCGUCUCGAGCCGCCCUGGCGGAGGAGCAGAUGAAGGAGAACAUGGCCCUCAUGGCGAAGUCCACUCCAGAUGCCCGGGCAUUUUGGGCUCGUCAAGGUACGUCGCUGGAGGUCUCCGUUGAGGUUCCAUUGGAGGGCAAGCCGCUCAAGCAGGCCACGAGGCAUAUGAGCACCUAUAUGGCGAGCCAGCUGCGGAAAGGCAAGCGCGAGAUUUCGGAGAGGACGUUGACCCCCGACGAGAUGGCGAAGUUCAGCCAAGCGAAGGCCACGGAGGUGAAGAACUACAUUGUGUCUUCGGUGCUGGAGACACUCCCACCAGGAGUGACCCCGCCUCCUGAGGACAUCAUGCGCAUGAGGUGGAUUCUCGAGUGGAAAAUGAACGAGAACACGGGCGAGAAGAAGCCGAAGGCGAGGAUCGUUGUCCUGGGUUACAUGGACCCCGAGUACGAGCACCGUCCGACUACCGCCCCAACCAUGACGAGGACUUCGAGACACCUGGUGCUGCAGGCGAUGGCGUGGCUGGGCUUCAAAGGCUACAAGGCGGACGUGACGGGAGCUUUCACGCAGAACCGAGAGAUCCAGCAUGACCUAUUCGUGUUGCCCGUGAAGGAGUUAGCAGCAGCCCUGGGGAUGCCCGAGGGUGUUACCAUGCGGCUCAGGAAGGCGGUCUACGGGCUUGUGGAGGCGGCGAUCGAGUGGUUCAUGACCGUGAGUGAGGCGCUGGAGGAGUUCGGUUGGACCCAGAUGAAGAUGGACCCCUGCGUGUGGGUACUCUACGGUGACGCGCACGGCAAGGAUAACAACUUCACCAAGGAGGCGCUGAAGGAUUUCACGGACCCAGGAGUGCUGGAGGACCUGAUCGCGGCGAAGGGAGACCUGGACAUCAUAGCCAUUGCGGGGUCGCACGUAGACGACUUCCUGCUCGGGGGCAACGACGCGGACCCCAGGUGGAUCACCGCGCGGGAGCAGAUUGAGAAGCGUUUCAAGUGGAAGGCCUGGGAGUCGGAGGAGUUCAUGCAGACGGGGGUGAGGAUCAAGCAGCAGCCCGACAGGAGCUUCCGCAUGGAUCAGAGCGAGUACGUGAAAACCAUCGAGAAGGCGUACCUCGCCCCGGAGCGCAAGAAGGCCAAGGACAUGCCGACCACUGACAAGGAGAAGGGCCAGCUGAGAGCUAUCCUGGGAGCCAUCGGGUGGAGGUCCGAGCAGUCAGGUCCCAUGCACUCGGCCGACACCAGCCUGUUGCUCAGCACGAUACCCUUUUCCACUGUGCAGACCAUCAACGAGACCAACCGACUCGUCGAUCGUGUUCGUGAAUGUGCUGACCUACCCGUGGUGAUCCACAGCCACUCUCAGUCACAGGUGUUGGUGCCAGUGGAGUGGUCUGACUCUUCGGAGGCCAACCGGCCCGACGGGAAGUCCACGAAGGGCCUGGUGGCAGGGCUGGCACCUCUGAAGAUCCUCAAGGGCGACGAGGCAGACGUGAGCCUCAUAUCCUGGAAGUCAGGCAAGAUCGAUCGUGGUUGCCGCAGCUCCGUGGCAUGCGAGACACGCUCAGCUGUGGACGCGGAGGACGAGCUGUACGGUAUCAAGUUACAGUGGCGGGAGAUCCUGGGCAACAACAUCGACUGGAGGAGUCCCGAGGGAGUUCUGCGCAGACUGCCAGGAGCGGUGGUUGUGGACUCUAAAGGGCUGUACGACAAGCUGCAGGCUACGGUCUACACCUUCCGGGGCAAGGAGAAACGGACUGACGUGGAGGCAAUGACGCUGAAGGAAGGGACACAGGCGGCGAACAACUGGAUGCUCUGGGUACAUGGAGAUGCUCAGCUCGCCAACUCGCUGACGAAGGGACACGAGCCGGGCCAGCUGCGGAUGUACUUCAACAACGGGCACCGCUGGAAGCUAGUUUACGACGAGAAGUACCAGAGUGCGCGUAAAAGGAAGGCAGCUGGGAUCCAGCCGUUCGAACACGUGGGAGUUGGGACUCUGAAGACUCCAUGUGGUGCAACAGUUCAUGUCAAUGCAGCUGCUGGCCCCGACUCCCCGCCAUACGAGGCCAUGACUGAGUGCAGUUCGGACGAGGAGCUGGACUCAAGGAUGCUCAGCUUGGAGGACCCUUAUCUGUGCAAUUCCGAGUACGAGCAAGCCUGA